AUGAAGACGUUGAAAAGAAGCGGCGGCAACAGCAAGGCACACCAUGGGAUGGACGUAAAUCUUCUAUCCGCGAUACUGCUUCUACUGUGUUUUGGAUUUGGUCGCACCGUCAAAGUGCAACCCUUCUCCUUUCCUGCCAAUCUUGUCGAAGGGUCGAGGGUUAGUGCAACGUGUUCCCUACUAAGAGUGUCCGAAGGAACGCGGUUCAUGUGGUCGAGGAACGGAAAGGUACUAGGACGAGACUCAGAGGGUCGAAUUAAAACGAGGACAGAGACGGACUUCUCCAUGAUCACUAUUGACCCGGCACGACAAGAAGAUAGUGGCAACUACAGCUGCACUGCAAUUUCCAAGGGGAAGUCUGACACGCAUUCUGCUAACCUUGUAAUAUACGAAAAAAUCGACGUGGUGCCAUUUUACAUAAAGGAGAGAGUGAUGCUCGGAGACACGGUGAAAAUUGUCUGCUACACAAGCACAGUGCAAGCACCUUUGUCGUUCAAAUGGAUAAAGGACGGCAAGAUUCUGGUCCCUAAUGAUAAUGUCCAAAUCAAAACGCAAGCUGACCUAUCGACGAUAAUUCUUGGACCCGUAGAGCAGACGCACGCAGGAAACUACACCUGUCAAGUCCUGUCACCAACGUCUAGUGGAUCGUACACAGCACCGCUCGUGAUAUACGCCCCGCCAGCAUGGACUGUCGAGCCAAGCAGCGGCAUGGUCCUGCUGGGGGAUAAACUGGAAAUCGGAUGCCAGAGCCACGGUUACCCAGAACCAACAGUGGCGUGGGCCAAACUCAUCACCCUUUCAUCAGUGACUUCGUUUGAUUAUCUUUCAAAAGUGCCCGCCCGGUUCGAGGAGAAGUUCAAGGUGCAGACCGUUCGGCGAGGAGAAGCGGCUACCCUACAAUGCCAAGCCAUCGGGGAUUCACCACUGGAGAUCACUUGGUCCCAAGACAAGAAGCGGCUCAUAUUCGCUCCAGUGACAAGGUACGAAAAGUUCGAGUCGAACACGGAGAACGGCGUGACUUCAGAGCUGGCGAUUCCGACGACAGACAGGAGCGACGCGGCCCUCUACACCUGCGUCGCAAAGAACGAGUACGGCAGCGACGAGAGGAACAUCAAGCUGCUCGUCGUCGAGGUCCCCGCUCAACCGCUGGACCUUCGUAUCCUGGAAGUCUGGAGCCGCAAGGUGAACGUCAUUUGGUCGGAGCCGUACAGCGGGAACAGCCCCAUCAGCAGCUACAUCGUACACUACUGGAGGGACAGGGACGGGGCGCAUCGCCUCAUGGAGCAGACCGUGCCGAGCAGCCAGAGUUCGGCCAUGAUCAGCGAGCUUCACCCGGGCGCCUCAUAUUCUCUCACCGUGACCGCCGAGAACGAAGUGGGUCAGGGUCCCCCCUCGGACCCAGUACGCUUCCUCACCGCCGAAGAAGAGCCCGGCGGAUCACCAACCGACGUCUGGGCAGCUGCCAAGGGACCUACUUCUAUCGCCGUUUCGUGGAAGCCCCCUCCUCGAGACACGUGGAACGGUGUGCUCAAGGGCUACUACGUGGGAUACCGGGCGGCCGAGUCCAGCCAGCCGUACUCGUUCAAGACGGUCGAGACAGUGGUCAACGGAUCCCAGGAAGUCACGCUCGUGGGUCUUUCAAAGUCCUCGCGGUACAGCGUGAUCGUGAAGGCCUUCAACGCCAUUGGAAGCGGACCUCCAUCCGAAGCGCUGCUCGUCCGCACAUUGGAUGGCGAUGUGCCAUUCGCCCCUGCGCUGACCCUGAUCUCAAGCACCGACUCUGCCUUCAAGGUUAAGUGGACCCACUCGAAGGCCACCGCUGCUCCCGUAACAGGUUACACUCUGCACUACAAGAAGAACGCUGGCCCCUGGCACCACAUCCCGGUCGUGGCUUCGGACGACACGAGCUACACGCUCACAGAUCUGGACGGUGGUGCGACAUACAAGGUGUACCUUACCGCGUCCAACCAGUUUGGACGCGGGUCUGGUAGCGAAGCCAUAAUCAUCAACACAACUAACGAAGGUAAGCGCUUCCCUAACAUAACCUAA